AUGGUCAAAGUGAUCAUCUUCGGCGCAACCGGCGUGGUCGCCUCAGCCGCCGCCCGCGCCGCCCAUGCCCGGGGCGCCAGCGUCGUCCUCGCCGCCCGCGACCUCACCAAGUCCAUCCCAGCCCUAACCCCGGAAGAUGAGAAGAACGGCACCUAUCAACGCGUCCACGCCGACCUGACCGACCCCGAAACCAUCCGCCACGCGGUCACCGCCACGAAUGCCACCCGGGCAUUUGUCUACACCGUCUUUGGCGCCCCGGACCACAUGCGUGCCAGCCUGGAGGCCAUGAGAUCCGCCGGCAUCGAGCACGUGGUCUACCUGAGCAGUUUUGCAGUGAAGGGCGAGCCCGACAGUGUCGGGCCGGAGAACUUCAUCGCGUAUGCCCAUGCGCGAGUGGAGGUUACCUUGAAUAGGGUGUUUGGAGCUUCAGGGUAUGUUGCAGUGCGGCCGAGUUUCUAUGCUACCAACACCCGAUGGUGGUUGGCUGCUGCGGCCGAGGGGAGGGUGGGAAUGGCGUAUCCGGAGGCGAAGUUUGAUUUGGUGGUUCCGGAAGAUAUUGGCCGGGUUUGUGGGACUCUCCUUGCGCAGGGCAGCAGUGUGGUGCAGGGCAAUUUUGUGAAUCUGCUGGGGCAGGAGGAGCUUGCGCUGGUUGAUGCUGUUCGGUUGCUGAGUCGAGAGAGCACCGGGCAAGAGGUGGAGGUUGUCACGGUUGGCGAGGAGGAAGAGAUCGAGUGCUUGAAUCGGGAACAGAGCCUUGGUCUUGGUCGUGGGCUGGUCGAUUUUGCAACGGACGCGGACUAUGCACGGAAUGUGCAUCGCAUCACCGGAAAUCAGCCCACAGGGUUCGGGAAAUGGGCUCAGCAGGCGUGA